UUAGAAUUUAAAAACAUAAAUAAGCUGAAUUUAUAGAUUUACGCCUCAGAACUAUGGUUGAUCCGAAUCGCAAGAUCAACCGCCUGGCUGAUAGGGACAUCAGCUUCCUGGAGGAGUGCGAGUUGGAGUUCUCCGGGCGCUUCACAGACGAUGACCCGGAGUUUAUGGCCCACUGCAGCAAACCGUUCCCGGAUCCGCCGAUCGUGGAAAACUGGAUUGGCGGAGGUGGAGGAGGUGGCGGCGGCGGUGGUGGUGGCGGAAGGGAUGGUGGCCAUCCGUACAGGAAUCAUAAUCGCUUCAACGGCCACCAGCAACGAGGCGGCGACAGAGGCUGGCAACGGCGCGGUGGAGGAGGGUAUCACAACCACCACAACGACAGAGGAUUCAGAGACAACCGGCGCAACAACAGAUUCGAUAACCGCGAUCGCGACAACCGGCGGGAUCGUAGUGAUGGUGAUGGAUCUGGUGGUGGCUACAAGCGCUCCUACGAUCGGCGCGAUUCUCCAAACAAUGAGCCGCCAAUGAAAGUCCGUCGCGACUACGGAAACUUUGUGCCUGCCUCCAAGGAUUAGCUUUAGAGUAGAUAAGAUUAUCCCCCAUAUUACAAUCAGUUAUGCACAUUUA